AGGGCUCAGUUUCAGACACAUGGAGCUCUACUCUGUUGGCCGCUGCUGUCCGUCACUGCCUCAACCUCUCUCUGACAAGGAGAUGAGGAGGGGGAGGAGAGAGAGGCUGUGUGUGUGUGUGUGAGGGAGAGAGAGAGAGGAGAAAGAGGGGGUUGGCUUUAGUGCGAUGUGAAUGGAAUAGAAUCAGCGCGAGAGGGAGAAAGAGGGAGGAGGAGGACGGCACAAAUCAACCUGCCUCUUGACUCCAACAACAGAAUAGAGGAGCCGGUAGACACAGAGAUCGGGAAGUGUGUGUGUCGGUUCUGUUUUAUUUUUACGCUUGGAGAGAGGAAGAGAGCGGCAGACAGGAGGAACUGAAGCAGGAGGAGGAGAAAGAGCCUCACCGUGGAGAUAGAUAGCAGAAAAAUGCUGUCAUGGGGAGAGAAGGGGAGGGAGUCGGCAGAGAGGAACAGGAUGAAACAAGGCAGGGUCGAGCUGAGCUGAAAUGUGGAGGUGUCCAGUGCACCAAAAAGGAAGCAGCAGGCACUGAAGAGUGCAGUUGAAUGGACGCCAUGUUAGAAGGGUUAAAAGAGCCUCUCAGAUACAGGACUCGGGCGAUGACCCUCUCAUCCUUACUCUGCAGGAAUGAGAAACCCCCAACUGGAGCACCACCAAAACACGCAUCUGCUCUCCAGGACAAGGACUGAUUCAUGGGUCGGGGUCUCGCAACAGACACAGCUGCAUAUUCUCCUCCAUCUUCUUCAUUUGCACUUAAGAACUUGUUGACUUGUCAUUACAAAGUGUGGCCUCUCACAGACACGUCUAUGAGAGCCCAAGGGUGGACAAAGUUAAAAGAUUGUAAUUUGUGCGAAUGAGAAGCUUAUUUGUGGGGGUUUUUAAUCGCUCCUGUUUCCUACCAGCACCAUAGAGAACAGGACAGACAUUUUCCUGGAGGAGCAGAACGCUCUGGAGCAGAGUGGGGAAAACGAUUGUUGGACUGGUGUGUAUUUCUCAGGCACCAUGCAGUCGGACGACCUCUUCAUCCGCAAGUUCCGCCGGCAGAACAUGCGGCCGCCUAUUGCCACCGUCAACUUUGACCCCAAGCGUGAGGCAGGCGUAGUGGAGUGGCCUCCGAGGAGAGAGACAGAUGUGGUUGACGGAGAAAGCCUGACUCCGAGCCGCGUGGGGCUGACGCUGAGGUCGGUGGGCCGGGGCCACAUCAUGCAGAGGAGUAACAGCGACGUGACCCUGGGAGACCUGGACUCCUCAGGGAAGGCAGGGGGGAAAGCAGCCCGGGUGGUUGGUGAGAAGGUGGGUGCGGGGGCUCAGGGGGAUGGGGGGGGUGCUGCUACACAGGGAAUACGGCAGCCUGUCCUCACUGGAGAGACAGACUCAAAUUCAGGAGCUGAGCACAGACGAUCAGGGGCCCCUGAGUCCGAACGCCCUGCGCUUCAAAGACCCUUUCCUGCUUUUGGGACUGCAGGGCAACCCUCCAGAGCCGGAUGGAUUCUUUCGGGGUCUGAUUGGGUCUUUAGGGGACUCCCCAAAACCCCCCAAGCCUCCAAAGCCUGAAGGUCUAAGUAAGAAGGCCAAACCCCCCCAUAUCCCUCAACCGGGUCCCUAUGAUAACAUCGGGGGCGGGGCCUGGGUGAGGAACUUCGCCCACUAUGAUGUCCAAAGCAUCCUGUUUGACCUCACCGAGGCGGCCAUGAACAGAGACAGCAUCGGACGGAAAAAGAACAUCACCUCUGGGGCUUCGGCCGCCUCCCAGCUGCGCCCCCUGUCCCAGGCCAACCCGUCCUCGCCCGCGCAGGGAGGGGGGGGCAACGGGGUCAACGCAGACGACCCCGAGCAGUCGCUGCUGCUGGACGAAGGCGACGGCAACGAUAACGAACUCCUGCUCAGCUGCCCACACUUCCGCAAUGAGACGGGCGGAGAGGAGCAGGUGGGGCUGGACCAGUCCCAGGAGAGGAGGGGGCUCUGCCUGAGGACCCCCAACGAUGCAGUGUCGGUCCUGGAGGAGCCCAGAGAGAGUCACGUGCAACAGCAGGGGAAGAGCAACUACUUUAUCGAGCACGCAGACCUGGGAGCCCAUUACUAUCGCAAAUACUUCUACAUGAAAGAACACCAGAAUUUCUUCGGGAUGGACGAUCGCCUCGGUCCAGUGGCCAUCAGUUUCCGUCGGGAGGAGAAAGAUGGAUCCAGCGGAGCUCAAUACAAUUACCGAAUCAUCUUUCGCACCACAGAGAUGAAGACGCUGCGAGGAUCCAUCUUCGAGGAAUCCGUGCCUUCUGCCGCGCGUCACACCACCCCUCGGGGCUUGUCUCCAAAGAGGCUUCUGGAGUUCAUCAUGCCUGAACUGAACCUGCACUGCCUUCGCUUGGCCUCAAACUCCCCCAAGGUCCGGGACACCCUGCUGAAGCUGGACGAACAGGGGCUGAAUUUCCAGCGUAAGGUCGGGGUGAUGUACUGCCGCGCGGGGCAGAGCUCGGAGGAAGACAUGUACAACAACGAGAGCUCGGGCCCGGCGUUCGAAGAGUUCCUGGAUCUGCUCGGGGAGCGCGUGCGGCUGAAGGGCUGGGAGAAAUACCGAGCUCAACUGGACAACAAGACGGACUCAACUGGAACACACUCCCUCUACACGCGCUACCAGGACUAUGAGAUUAUGUUCCAUGUGUCCACGAUGCUGCCCUACACAUCCAACAACACACAACAGUUGCUGAGGAAGCGACACGUCGGUAACGACAUCGUGACGAUCGUGUUCCAGGAGCCGGGUGCGCUGCCGUUCACGCCAAAGACCAUCCGCUCCCAUUUCCAACAUGUCUUUAUCAUCAUCCAGGUUCAUGAGCCGUGCACUGACAACACCUAUUACAGGGUGGCUGUGACACGCUCUAAAGACAUGCCGUUAUUUGGCCCCCUGUUCCCUAAGGGCGCGCGCUUCCCUCGCUCCUCCGCCUUCAGAGACUUCCUCCUGGCGAAGGCGGUGAACGCUGAAAACGCUGCAGAGAAGUCGGAGAAGUUCCGCUCCAUGGCCACCCGCACGCGGCAGGAGUACCUGAAGGACCUUGCAGAAAACUAUGUGACCACCACGCCCAUCGACUCCUCCACCAAGUUCCCCCUGCUCUCUCUGGGAGGAAAGCGCAAGGACAAGCUGAAGGGCGCCAAAGGGGCGGAGUUGCACAGUGCGGGGGCGCUGGUGUGGGCCGUGAUGGUCAACAGCGGGUAUGAAACGGAGGCGGGGGAGCACAGACUGCCCUGUCUGCUCGGGGUCUCCGCUGAGUCCGUGGUGCUCAUAGAGAGGUGCACGCGCAGGGUGGUGUUCAACUGCUCCUGUCGAGAUGUCAUCGGCUGGAAGGCGGUGACAGAGACUAAGCAGGGGGGGCCCUACUUGGAUAUCUUCUACGAGCGUGGGGAGUCAGUGUCAAUCAGUGUGAUGGAGAGCCAGGCGGAGGACAUACGAGAGGUGGUGCAGAGGCUAGAGCUGGUGACGCGGGGCUGUGAGGCUCUUGAAGUCACGCCCCUGCGCGACGGGGUGGGGCAGCCCGGCUUCCUGAUGAACGAGGAGGGCUUUGUGACGGAGCUGCAGCGGUUCUGUUACGCUGAGAGCGGAGGCCUGCAGCUGUGGGCCCGCGUGGUGCGGCUCUGCGGACACUCGCUGGUUCACCUGAGCCCCGACGAGAGGGUCCGGCUGCUCCGCACGGCACACAAGAUCCACAUCACCGUCAUCCCUCCGGACGAGAACGGCAAGCCUCGCAGAAGUUUCUCAGAGCUCUACCAGAAGGCCAUCAAGGACGCAGAGUGUAAACCCGGAGAGGAUCAGUCCGGAGAGGCCUGGGUGCUGGACGAGAGGGAAGAGGAAGAGGUGGAAGCAGAGGGGGAGGAGGAGGAAGAGGAGGUGGAGGAGGUGGAGGAAGUGAAGGAGGUGGAGGAAGUGAAAGAGGAUACGCUGAAGGCGAGUGAGGUCAUUGAAGCGGAUGUGACAGAGGUGAAGGUGAAGGACGAAGAGGACGUAGGGCGGUCGUGUGAUGAAGGGCAAAGUGAGAGAAGUCCCGGGUCGCUCCUCACACCCCCCAGCCUCCCUCUGUUACGAGCCACUUCCCUGCAGGAGCAGCCGGCCAAUCAGAGCCAAGAAGGAGGCGUCUCACAUCUCACACGCAGCUGCUCUUACACCGACACGUGUGAUGGGCACGUGUACGACAACGUGGGGCUGAAGGGGGAACGCCACAUCUACGAGAACGACGGCGAGCUGAGGGACGCCAUGCCUGAUCUGAUCCUGGCUGUCAAACCCAAAGUUCCCCUGGAGGACGAGCAGUUCAUGGCCGCUGAGUUUGGUGAUGACAAAGCUUCGGUGAGUGACUCGUCGACCCGCCUGUCGUGUUUAGACCGCGCCGAAAGAAAUUCACGAGCCCUAAGUCUUCAUAACUCCAUCACCAAGAUUCUCUCAGAGACGACAGAGUCCACGGAGGAGGAGUGGCAGUCCAUCGCAGACCUGGCCACCGCCUGCCGCAGCAUCCUGGAGGCUCUGUCCCGAGAGGACCGUAAAGCCGGAGACCCUUCCCAAGCCGGAGUCGACCAGACGGACGGGAAGCUCAGAGACUCAAAGGACAGUGACUCUCCAGGCCACCUGGAGGAGAAGGUGUCUCAGCUGGAGUCCAUGCUGAAGAGGCUGCAGGAUGACCUGCAAAAGUUUCCUUAAAGCCACCGCUGUACCUGUCGCUCCCCUCCCGUGCCUGCCACAGCGAUCUGAGCGACGGCUUUUGUUUUGUUGUGUGCCGAUGUCUUUCAGGAGAAGGAGGACAAGGCGGUGCUGCAGGCCGAGGUGCAGAGCCUCCGGCAGAACAACCAGCGGCUGCAGGAGGAGUCUCAGAGCACGGUGGCUCGCCUCAUCAAAGUCACCGAGCUGCUGUGCAACGUCAACAAGCCCUGUUAGCCUCACACAGAGACACACACAUCAGCGUAGAGAUGCAAACCGUACCAGCUUGUACUGUACGCUCAGUAUACUUAUUUUGCUCGUAAGGCAGACACACACGCAUCCUCUUCGAUCUGUGUACUAUCACAGUCUUAAAUCCUGAAUCCUGGACCUGCAUUUUGGUGAGGGAGUAUGCAAAAUCAACCCAUAAAAAAGAAAGAAAAUACAUUUUUCAACAUUCAUAGACUGACCAGCUGUGGGGCUGCUGCUAUGCCAGAGUGCUGCUCUCAGUGUGUGCCAUACAGCACGUGCGUGGAUGUGUGUGUGCGUGUGCGUCUGUUUGUGUGCAUCUCUUCCUGUACCUUGCUUCAAAUACUUGACAAGCUGGGCUAAAUAGCAUUUGCAUAAAAAGUGGCAAUUAAGACUGAGAGACACUGUAUAGCAUGUUUGGUGGUGUCUUAUCUGAAAUGACCAAAAGUGUAUAUAUAUAUCACCGAUAAUAUAUGUGAACAGUAGUAAUUGAUCUCCUCUCUGCCAAGCGUGUAGUCGCAAUGUCUGAGUGCGGCUCUGCCCCGGCGCUGAUAGUGUGGAAGGCCUUGAGAGAAAAAAAGGGAACGUGACAAUGACAGGCCUGUAGGCAGCCUUCUACUUCAAAAGAUGUAAUGAUGCUAACUGACUAGCCUCAGAGCAAGGCCUGUUAUGUAAGGACAUCACUCUGCCCAUUCACGUCUCAGUUUUUAGGGAGAGACGAUCUUUAAAAAGCUCGUACAUGAAAAGGAAGUAAACUGGAAACAAAAAGAACCGAGCAUGCUUGUUCCUCCUGGAAGUAUGUAUGAAAACAGUAUUAAAGGGAUACUGAAAAGGGUCAAACCUCUCGUGAAGACGCAGACAAUGGCAGGAAAAGAACUGCUUCAGCUUCCUCCCAUGAUUGCCUGUAGCUGUUUUCUUCUAACCUCACUAUUGUAGCAGCCAUACUGUAGAAGACCUCCUCCCGCUGGCCUGAAACACAAACGCCAAAAGGCAGCUGGCAAAAUAGCUUUAGGUGUCAGAAUAAAGCACCUGGAGACAAUACAGAAUAUUGUUUGGCGGAUGUCUACAGUGACUAUUUCGGGUACUUGUUUAGUAUGGCUUAUGAGUGGUAGAGGUAGGUGAAGUCUUACCAUUCCACCCUGAUGUGUGAGUAACUGUGUUUCUGUGUCGUUCUUGCACUUUUUUGUUGUUGUUAAAUCAUCCCUGGAUGGGGCACAUACUGUACUGUACUUCAUUUAUGUCAACAUAAGGAGGUGGAUAUGAUCUCGCCCCUUACCUCACCUUUUUGUGUCCACUGCUGAUGGCGCUGAUACUGAAAUGCGUGUUCAGAGGAGUCGGAGCUCUUCUCCUCCAGUGCCAAUGAAAAAAGCCCAGGCAGCUCUCCUGAAUCCCACCGAAAUAAAACCGAACUGUCCACAAACGAAAACCCCGACAAAAAGGGAUGCCAAACGUUCACUCAGACUCUCUUGUUUCUUGUACAAAACUUCCUCUUGUAAUUUAAUUUUAGAGUCACUGUGAAUACCUGGUACCAGCAUAUUAACAGUAUAUACAGAUUAAAUUAUGAAUCUAAACUUUAUCAGUAUGUGACGAUACUGUAUGUACAGCUGCUCCAUGUUAACUAGUGCAUUGGGGUUGUGUAUGCAAUCCUUUUUGCAGGACGAUUAUGCAGAGAAGUGCUAAUGCAGGCGUCCUGCUUCCUCUCUUGAUGAGACAUGCUGAAGCCUCGCGACUCAACGGGGAGACGGGGGGGGGGUGGGAAGACCUGUUUUACUGUGUCCUGUACAGUAUAGUUAUUUAGAUUGUAGGAGGUUGGUCCAGCAUGAGAAUGUGCCAAGCAACUUCCAGGCUCCCCUCUGUAUGUGUGUAUGUAUAAAAUGUAACUUAUUAAUCAUGCAAAUGUGGAUUUUCUUGUAGCUGUUUAAACUGAAGGGAAGGCUUGAGGAAAACAACAUGUGAAACAAUGCAGAAAGGAAAGGUUGGUUAUACAUUUAUUUUGUAAGAAACCAUCAACCAUAUGACAAAAUCUGCUAAUCUUGCUAAAUGUGACUUUGGGUCUUAUUAUUAUUAUAGUUUUUAGCUAUUUCAGCCAUAGCUCUGAUUAUGUGAAGGCUUAUUUCUUUGACUUUGUGCCUAUCAGAAAAUGUAAUGUAUGCUAACCCAGCUUAGUGACCUCAUUUCUUUGUCUUUGGUUUCACUAACUGAGGGUUUUUUGUGGCAGAUGAAGGAUUUGCUAAGAGACUGUGACAACAUCUGGUCUUUCAUCCGCCGUGCAAGGAAAAAGUCAUUAAGUUACACUCGAAAGAACAGAUAAUAAUAAUGAUAAUAAUAGAUGUGUGUUGUUGGUCUGAAGACUUACCAUAAGCUCGUUGAGUACCGAUUGUUCAAGAAGCAAACCGACAAAUAUAUGGUUUUUAAAAGCAAAUUAAAAGGAAAAACAGUGCUGAAAAUGAUUGAUGAUGCAUUGAAAUCCAGUUGAAAUAUGAAUGUGUUGAAUGGCGUAUACGCUUCCUCUAAGGAAUGAUUAUUUUGGUAUUUAAAAAUAAAUGGUCUCAGAAAAUCCAGCGGAGUAUUUGGAGAAAACAAA